AUGGGCACCAGGGUGAAGGUAAAUCUUGUCAUUCCCCUCACCCCCAAUAUCGCCACGCUCCCAGGCCCAGCGUCCCGCUCCCGGGGCCCUAGGCCCCAUCUCAGGCCGGGGCUCUGCAGCCGGCCUCCCACCCCGGGAAGGAGAGACAAUGAAGUGGGAUUCCGACCUGCACAGCCCCGAGAGAGGCCUACUACAGCUCCCGGCGCCUCGGCCCCGGCUCUCCCGCUUCGCUCUCCACCUCAGAAAGAGCCCGAGUGUGAAAGGUGGACGGACCCUAAGAAGGCAAGGCCCGGAGGAGCCCUUUCCAGUGCACACCAGCGCGCGUUUCCGGAGCCCGUUACUAGAGAGGGCGAGCCCCGAGGAGCAACCAUGAAGAAAAUGGCAUUACCCCCGACCACCAUUGAAGAGUUCUUAAAGGCUCAAAAUUUGGAGGAAUGGCCAAAGUCUACUCAUUUAAACUAUGAUUCUUAUAAAUCUACACUAGCUGUCAAGAAAUUAAAAGAUGCUUGUUCAUCAGAUGCAAUUUAUGCAUACUUAUAUGCCAAUGUUACUACAAAACAUAAAGCCCUCCUAGAAAUGGAAUUUAGGAUGAAGGACUUAUUUGAUGAUUUUCAAGCACAUGCCUCCCUAUUCAUGGAUUAUUCAAAGAGUACUGCCUUGGAAGAUCAUAAUAGAAAGUUGGACAAAUUAAGGAAAAUGAUAGAUCGAAGAAGGAAGAAAACAGUAUUUAUGUAUCCAUAUGCUACAACUGAAAAGAAGACUGUAGAGAACUGUGCCUUCUUUGGUUUCAGAGUAAACAUGCCUUCAAAACUACCCAGACAUUUGACAGCUUCUGAAAUUUUUCUUUAUGUUUUAAAAGCCCAGAAGCUUGACGUAAAGAGUUUUAAAAUUUGGUUAUCUUUGCUGCUCAUAGAAUCAUCUAUUACUCUCUUACAAGAUGCCUUUUGGUGGUGGUUUCUCCAUAAAUAUAAGCCUAAUCAACAUGAUGAAGAUCUCUUGUUUGAUAGGAUUGCAGAAAACUAUGUGUCACUUAUCAUGAAAGUCCCCAACUUUAGAAAAGAUACUUUUUUUAAGCUCUAUCCUGACUGGUUGUCACAAGCCAUUUAUAUAAUAUUUCAAGAAGCAUGUCCAGACUCCUCUCAGCUAUUUAAUGAUGCAUUUAAAGCAGAACUGGUGAUCACCAUGUAUAAGUGGAUGACAGGUCUAGAACCCAAAAAAAGUCCUUGGACUCGAUGGAAUCUUGGUGCACUGGAAGAAAACACAAUCCAUGGUAACAUAAAAAGGAUGUCAGGAAUUCAAAAAGAAAUCCUAAGUAAAGAUAUGGAAUUUGACUUGGACAAACUAAUACAAUUCUCCCAAAAUGUACUGCUUCCAACACGCGAUCAAGAGACAAAUCUAAUGCCAAAAGAGUCUCAUAAUAUUGGCCACGAUCCAGAAUUUAGCCGUGAUCUCUUCAGGGUUGCAGGCCAGAGUCCUCUGGUAGCAUAUUAUCUGAAGGUGCAUGACAUCGCAAUAAAUCCAAGACUCCCCAGGUCUUGCAAGAUUCAAAUAACUCAAAUUUUCCGAUGGCCAACAAACGUAGGUCCAACAUACCGUGAAGUUGUAGCAGAGAGCAGAAAAAUAUUUGCCAGGAACAAAGCUGCUUUUAUAAAAGAAUCCAAGAAUAUUAGAGACGAGAUAAGAGCAAUUAAAAAUAAACAAGUGGAAUUUCAUAAGAAGUUACUAAGUCUGGAAAACAAAGCCCGAAGAAGACCAGAGGAAGCAAUGAAUGAUUGUCUAAAAUAUCUAGAGAAGCUGUGUCAUGCAGAAAGGUCAGAAAAAGUCGUAUCAGCUAGGACACCAGCAGCUGUUGCCACUGCCACCAUAGCCUCAAUCCCUGCUUUUGCUUCUCUACUUACCCAUGGUGCUUUUCACUCUUUCGAAGAUGAAGAAUAUGAAUUUUAAUAAGAGAAAGAGCCAGAUGAUCUACAGUAAUAAUGUGUGUGCGUGCACACAAACACCCUGGGGAAAAGCUCAACCAUUUCAUGGCCUCGGUU